UUAUUGCUGCACUUCCUUCCUAUUGGGAAAAACUGUGUGUGCCUAUUUUACACAAUUACAAUGCAGGCUCUCAUGCUGUUAGUGCAUAUAAAUAGACACCAGAUCAGAUAAGAAUUAUAAGAGUCUCUAUACUCAUAUUCAGCACAGAUGGAUUUUAGCAACCAGCUCAGCUCAGCAUCAGCAACGACAGCAGGAAAGAUUAGCACUAUGGAAUAUCCUGGCAGAAUGUGGAAUAAGCUGAUUGGCUGGAGAUCAUAUGAUCAGCACUAAUAGGUGUUCGACUGCAAAAAGAUCAACAGUACACUAGACAGUACAUGUGUCAAGUGCAAUGCUCUGCUUGGACAGUUUGGGUCCCCGUUGUUUUUGUGACUGUAUCAUUGAAGUACAUGUUGUCGAGAAUGGAACUGACCACUUAAUUGGAGUACUUGCUGGUCUUGGUAAUUGUCAUACAAAUCCUGCAUUGCAGUGCAAUAUCAACAUCAAGUUUGACCCUUCUCGACCAGUCAACUUCUGUGAGGACUGCUUCUAUGCCAUUCAAUAAAAUAUCAGCGGGAAUUGGCGGUGGACCCAUCAGACUCUCAAAGGCUUCAUUAGCUGUACAACUUGUAGGCUAUUUUGACUAACAUAAUAUUGCACUCAGUUGUGUGUUUUCAAGUAUUUCUUUUUUGUACGACAAUGAUAAUGCAUGGCGAUGCAGUAUACUAUACCUCUAAUAAAAAAUACUUAGUGUUGGUUUCAUUCAGGAUAUGGCAGCAUUACAUAUAUGUAUAUACACCAAGUGACUAUAUAUAGAGUGCAUGCAUGUAUUUUGUCUCGUAAGUUGUUUAAGCUACAGCUAUAUUGUGCAGCCCUUACAACUACUUGCACAGUAUAGUAGAUCUAUAUCAGCACAAUUACGUAUAUAUCUCGGUAUGGCUGCUGUAUUAAUGAGUCUAUGGCUGAUCAGAGCUUUGCCAUUACUCAUGACGAUGUGGAUGGUUGACUCCCAGAAUGGUGUGUCCAUCAGGUUCAUGGGGCAAGAACUGACUCCUGGUAUCAGCCAAGUUUGUCUGAGUCACAUUGGAGAGCAGCUAUCACGAGCUAAUGCAUCAGAUGGACCAGACACAGUGGAGGGUACUGCCCUGGUGUGUGUCACUAACAAUCCCAACUGUUGCAGGCCAGUGGACCAUCCUAAUACCGGGGCAGUCGGAGAGUGGACAAUAAAUGGAUUUACAGCACCACGUAUGAAUGCAAAACCACUAGCUCGCGUCUAUAGUAAUCGAGGUACUGGUCUGGUGCGAAUCAAUUAUCGACCUAGUGUUGAAGGCAUGAGUGUGACUGGACAAUACUGCUGCACAAUACCUGAUAUGAGCGGUGUCUUCCAGAUACUCUGUGUUGAGGUUAACAAUGACACAAUGUGCAACUUAAGUGUUAGCACUACUACUAACCAACUCCCACUUACUACCACCUCGAAUGAUGGUACGACCACACUCAUUACCACUGGCCCUCCAGAUACGACCACACUUAUUGUCAAUCCCACCACAGAUGGUAACCAACUCCCACCUGUAACAGCUUCUGCUAACGAAUCACCUGCCACGUUCAUACUGGCUGGAAUUGUGGCAAUAUCAGGUCUCCUUAAUCUACUCCUAAUUAUCCUCGUUAUACUCCUGUUCUACAAGUACAAGAGAGCCAAACAAUCACAUGAUGUAAUGGGAACACAUGAUAUAGUACAAGCGAUUGCUACGGACAUUGAUCUGAGUGAUAACCAGGCAUAUGGGAAAGCUAGAGAAGCUCCAGACAAGGCAAUGCCACAGGAGGCUGGACAAACUACUGAACUGUAUGAUUACAUACCAAAUACCCUAUUCCAAGGCCACCCUCCAGGUGCUCAAACGAGUGCUAUGGACAACAGUGAAGGAGUUGUGUCCAGUGAGGUGUACCAGGAAAUGUCAUGACUGACUCACACUUUUAAGUGCUAUGCAUACUAUUCACUGUUUUUGUGAACUUGAUGUGGAUUCAAUUGUCAUAAUUAUUAUAUGUAUGUACGUAGAUGCAUCCACAUGCACAGUACCAAUGUUUACAGUUUACAGUUCACAGUACCUAGUUAUAAGAAUUAAUGUUUAGAAAGAGACAGCAUUAGGAUCGAUGCCACCAAAAACAUGAAGCUCAAUAUAAGGAUUCAUUUCUUGCUGUAUGUCGUCCUAACAAGUGUUAAAGGUUAUUAGUCAUCCAUACAA